CUCAGCCACGCACGACGUCGUCGCACGGACCAUCUCGCCUACAUUACCCACCUGGUCUUUAGAGCCGUCUCCUCCUCGUCACCUACGCCUCCACCGUCCAACCUUCAACUUCAGCCUAGAUCUUAGAUUUCAGCCAGUGCCAUGGAUAGCUAUGAUUACAGAGCGAUGAAACACUACUCCUCGGGCUCGCGAGUGGAAAAAGCAUACUCUAAACCACCAUCAUACCGCGACUACGUGGACGCUCUAUGUGCACGCAACCCAUGCUUGCUCAAUCUUCUCAGCUUCCUGUCAUUACCGAAGGCGUCCCAAAGAAGUUGUCAAAUAACUGCUCUGGACUUUCGCGAUGGCAUCGACCACCCCCUCCCUCGGACUCUUCCGGAUAUCGACUUCCUCUCUAAUGAACUGCGAGGGAAGCAGAAACUCCCAGACAAGCUAGAAGAGCAUUUUCGUGAACAUCCACUACAAGGCCGCAUUCUGAUCAUCGAAGAUCUGACCCAAGAUGUGGUUGAGCUGCUUGGAUCGUCUCUCGACAUCGACCCUCUGUUCUUCGCCCUGCAUCUACACACAACGCAAAGGAACGACAUGCGAUCUCAAACACCGGAUGAUGCGACCCUACCGUCUCGUCUCGUCUCUCGAGAAUACAUCAAUACCACAUACCAUCGACCCCUUGUAUGCGACAAGAUGCCGCCAUUCGGAGAGAGACUGGUGAGGGAUAUGACAAUCAAUCGCAAACUGGUCUUCAUACGCUCCACGCCGAUCGGCCUUGCCCAGCACUGCGUCUCUAUGAUCAAAGUUCAGCAAAGUGACGACUUCUGGAUAGCUCUUCUGCUCGCCGAUCCACCAAUUAAUGACAUCUACUACCCCUCAGGCCACAAAGACAACGAGGCCCUCAAAGUGCGCCUGGCUUUGCGUCCAUUCCUCGGAACUUAUGAAGAUUUUCUGGAGCCUCCAAAGUUCUCGGACGACUGGGCUCAUCUCGACGAAGCGCCUCGUGGAGGCAUGGCGUCCGAAUUCAUCCAAUACUGGGAACGCUGCAUCCCGCCAUCUUUCGACUCCAGGAAUCCUCCUCUGGAGUCGCUAGCCUACUACCCUCUGAAGAUCGUCGCAGGGGAGUGGGUCAAGUACGUAGCAGUAAUGCAGCAUUGCAUCAAAAUGUACGAAUACCGCGGCGAUCAGCUCCCCGAUCUCGAGCAAUUCAACACAGACCUGCGAGAGCUGCAAGGCUGGCGGCGCCGCAGCAUGGUCUCGCAGCAAAAAGUCCGCGCUAUAAUCCGGCAGCUGAAGUCUCGCGACUCGCUGGAAGCAAAAGGGCGAAGUAGCCUGCAAUUUCUCACCGAAGACUUCGAAGUCCUCAGCAACAACAUCGAAAACGCGGGUAGAAGGCUAGAAAACAUGCUCCCCGUCGUCACAUCUCUCGUCCAGAUCAUCGAUGCGCGCCAAUCCUUCGCGGAGACGACUAACAUCAGCCGCUUGACCAUCCUCGCACUGAUCUUUGUCCCGCUAAGCUUCGUCUCCAGUUUGUUCAGCAUGAAUCCGGAGAAUGGGCCCGGUGGAAAGGAAUUCUGGGUCUACUUCGCUGUUGCUAUACCGAUCACGUUUCUCGUCUUUCUGGUUGCGCGACCACCAACAAGCGUCGUCCUAAAGUGCCUAGAGUGGGCUAAAACUCCAAGGAGGCCGAGGAUAGCCAUUCCGCAGCCUCGACAUAGGGCAGCGAUGAAGGAACGGGCUGAAGCGUAAGGAGUAUACGACCACUGGCGCAGUUAAGAGGUGGAAUAUGUUGUAUUCACACCCGAUGCAUUCGCAGAUGCUCUCGCGCGGACGUCAUAAUUUAUAUACAAGAAACCCCUCUAGCACUUGAACACGCU